AUGGCUAAGAGCCCACUGGGUUUGAACACGGAGAAUCCUGUUACCUCCUCGCAGAUCAAGUACGCGCGCACACCCGCACACGCACACACACACACACAAGCCUUACCCACGUGGAAACGCUUUCUAACCAAAACACAAGACCCCGCAUCGCCGGUGGAAAGGGCGGCGAGACGCCCGCGCCUGGGCUUCCCCGUACCCCGUCCGCCGGCGCAGCGGGAACCCGCGCCGGGGGCGGGGGCGCGGUGUGACGACCCGAAAUCGCACCGUUUUGUCUUUAAACCACAAGAAAAACAAGCCGGGGCGGGGGAGGGGAAGGGCAAGAGACAACCCUCAGGGAGAGGAAACGGAGAGGAACAAAAACAACGGGCAGCUCUGUCCCCGCUCCCGUCGGACACUGGGAAAAGCGGCCGCCGGAGCCCCGCAGCGGCUGCCGGCCAGGAGGCAGCGGGAGGCAGCCUGCCCCAUCCGCCGGCACCCCGACCGCGGCACGGCCGCAGCGCUCCGCCCCGAGGCAGGCGGGCAGCGGAGCCCCCGAGCGCUGCCGGUGCUGGGGCAGCGCGGGGCCGAGGGCGGGCGGCGGAACCGAGCGAGUCCUCUCUUGCUGCCGCCCGUGCCUGCGCGUCCCGGCCGGGCUGCCUCGCCCCGCGCUGCCCGGACCCUCGCUGGAAGAACGGGGGCUUCGGGGAGGCACUACUAUCCCUGCGUGUUUUCAUGCCGUUCUGGCCGGAGGCGACCCGAGCCGCCAGAAAUGUUUCCUCUCAGCCUCCGGUCAAGCCUCCGCUGGCUCCGCCGCGGGCCCUCGCAGGGGCAGGCGAUCGGCAGAGUGACCCGGCGGCCGGCAGAGCCUCUGACCCACCCCAGACAGGCCGGCAGCCCCCGGCUGCUCUCGGGGCGCAGCCCGGGCCCCCCGUUCCCGCGGCACCGGGAGUGGGCGGGAGGCGCAAGCGGGGAACAAUGCGACGGCAGCCGUCGCGGCUUGCUUCUGUCCUAGGGCUUAACCCAGCAACCCCGGUAACAUACACCCGAAGAGCGGUCAGGGCAAAACGGCAGGGACUGUCACCUGGAGAGAGGCCGUCCCGGGAGCGCGGAGGUAAGGGGCGAGGAGCCGGGGGCCAGCGCAGUCCCGGGGCGCCGCUCCGCACUUGUGCCGGGAGCUGCCGCAGGGCUGCUCCCCUGCCGGCCCCUCGGGCACUGCGGACCCGCUGCCCACCCUCCGCUGCCCGCUCGGCCGCCCUCAGCCCCGCUCGGCCGCCCUCAGCCCCGCUCGGCCGCCCUCAGCCCCGCUCGGCCCCGUUGAGCCCCGCUCGGCCCCCUCAGCCUCGCUCGGCCCUGCUGAGCCCGCCGGCACCGGCGCUGCCCCGGGCCCGGCACACCGCGGCGGGCACCGAGCGGCGGCUGACCCGGCCCCACACAGCUCCAGAGUGUUCCUCCCGCUGUCCUCGGCCUCACAACCCGGGGCCUGGACCUUCAGGCUUCUCAGCUCCCUGA